UAGGGCCAGGGACGCUUCGUGAAGGGGGAGUGCGUGCAGCGGAGCUCUACUGUCCAGUGUUGGCGUGUAGCCGCGAGUGAUCGGUCCAGCCGGUAGCUGACCAUGGAGGCUGAAGCGUCUCAGACCAAUGUCAGGGAAGUGACCGGGGAUACCGUGUCAACGCCUCCAGAAGAGAAGAAAAAGCCGAGGCCUAAUGCGCUCGAACUGAAGGAGCGAAUACAGCAGCUGCAAACGGAGGCGGUGGAGCAGCUUGAGCAGAAGCUGCAGCAGCUGGUGGAGGAGGCGCUGCGAGCUGCAGAGGCGCCGGCCACACCGCCCUCGCCGUCCCACCACCUGCUCUACGACGACGCCAAGUACCGCAACAGGACACACCAGCCCAGCUCGGGAGCCCUGCCGGAGAAGCAGUUCCUGGCGAGGGAGUCGCUGCUGACGGACCUGAUGAAGAUCAAGCACUUCCACACCGUCUACAACAUCUUCGUGGCCAUGUUGCUCAUCCUGUUCCUGCACACCGCCGUCUACGACCUAGUCGCUGACGGGCAGUUGAAGCUGGGCUUCUCAACUAUAUUUUGGAAUUUUGAUGGGCUGCACAUUGUAAUGGCAACCUGGGUCUCCAUGCAACUUGCAGUAUUUGCACUGUUCAUUGCAUUCUGUCACUGGGCAUCAUUUCGUGUUUCAUUGUCUAUUUCUGGACAUCAGAGAAAACUUCUGGACAACAGUGCUCUGAUUCUUCUAAUUGCCUACAAAAUUGGUUUUCUGGUGCUGCCAGUAUGUGUUAUACAAUACAAUCAGUUACCUCCUAUCUCAGCUAUGAUCAUUCUUUGUGAGCAAGUGCGAAUGAUAAUGAAGAGCUAUGCAUUCUUAAGAAGUAAAGUGCCAAAAGUUAAAAUGUUCAAACCUCAUACUGAAGCCACAGAUGUGCUACUUCCAGACUUCAAUCAUUUUGUGUACUUCAUGUUUGUUCCAACCCUUGUUUAUAGAGACUCAUAUCCAAGGACUAAGGAAAUCCGCUGGAAGGUGGUGGUGUGGCAUCUGACAGAGGUGUUUGGAGUAAUAUUCUUCAUUAGCUUUGUCUUUGAACGCAGCUUGGUACCUAUGUUCAGAAACUUCGGGAAGCAACAGCUGUCUCCUAAGGCAAUGGUCGUUGCCAUUUUUGGUAGCAUGGUUCCUUCAAUUACUGUAUUUCUUUGUGGUUUCUAUUGCAUUCUUCAUGCUUGGAUGAAUGCAUUUGCUGAAAUAACAAGGUUUGCAGACCGCAUGUUCUACAAGGACUGGUGGAAUGCUAAUUCCUAUGCAGCCUACUAUCGGAACUGGAAUGUUGUUAUCCAUGACUGGCUGUAUACGUAUGUGUACAAAGAUCUGAGUGAGCUGCUAGGUGCCAAAAGACGUACUCUUCCUAUACUUGCAGUCUUCUUCCUGUCUGCAAUUGUCCAUGAGUACAUGCUUACAUUCAUUGUUGGUUUCUGUUACCCAAUGCUCUUCAUGGCAUUUGGAGUAUUUUCAGUGGGCCUAGUGUUUGUAACACAUGAUCGGCUGCCAGGUGGCAACCUAUUAAUGUGGUUGCUCGUCACAACAGGAACAGGUCUCCUUACCAGCCUCUACAUGAUGGAGUGGUUUGCUCGACGCCACUGCCCUCGGUUUAUUGAUUCUACAUGGGACUUCUUUGUGCCAAGAUCAUGGUUCUGUUCUCCACUCACAUCUGAGUAACAAUAGUUCGUGUACCGCAAGUCGAGCAGGACUUCAUUUUGAAGAUAGCUUUCAAAAGUGCAUCAGUCCUUCCUUGUCAUUGUGAAUACUCAAAAGAACACAACUUUUAACAUGAGAUUAUAUCAGUGGACUGGAAUAAAGUAUUUUUGUAGUGUAUAUAUACAGAUAUUUUAAUUGAAUUGUAGUAAGUCCAUUUUGUUACAAUGUUCGUAGUUUGCUGCAAUGUGAACUCCAUGAUAAAUGUGACUGUGAAAGUUGUACAUAUUGUAUGUGAUAUACUUUUGCACUUUAGUGGUGUGAAAUGUUUUUAUGUGUAUGACAUUUGUAAUGUUCUUAUUUUGGUAUUUUUACUUAUUAGUGAUGUAGUAUCAAUUAGCAUGACUUUCUGUGCUGUCCUUGUACUAUACUUUACCAUUUUCUCCCUAAGCCCUUUGCAUUGCUUUUAAUGUACAAAGACUGAAGGUACUGUGUAAUUAUAAGACAAGUACUGAUGACCAUGACAGUACAGAAAAUUCUGUUAAUACAUUUAUGUACAUAAGUAAAUGAUAGAAUUUUGUCUACAGUUAUAAAUGUGCAAAUUUGUUUGACAUUUAGAGAAGUAAGUAAAUAUAACACAGAUAUAUAUUUGCUACCAAAUGUACAUUAUCAUAGGUCAUAAACGACUCCACACCACAUUAUAGCUUCCUUUUUAAAAAAUGUAGGAACUGCUAUCACCUAACUGUUGCAUUACAUGGCUGUAUUACAGGAGGACAUCUGAAUUAGCAUCUUGUUGAUGUUCUCUUAAAAGCUAACAGUCAAGGCAUAGGGGGCACAAUCAUGGUACUUCAUUCUUAAUCAAGACUUCUAUAUCAGUUGAUUCAUUUAACUUAAGAUCAACAAAGCUGUCACAUCCUGUGGAUUUUUGUUUGAUGCCUACAUCGUUUUGGCAAAAGGAGCUGCCUUCUCCAGCCUGAGCAUUUGGUGGUCCUCAUGCCAGAGUAAGACUCAUGGUUAGUGCCACACAGUCACACCACCACCUACAUGCUUCCUCAGCCAGCAUCAUUUCCACCAUCAGAGCGCAGUUGGCUGCAAAGUUCCUUUGCUUUGAGGUUUCUGCACUCCUAUCCUCUUUCUUAAUAAAUGUACCCCCUCAGCAACUUGGAUCCAUGAAGCUCUGUGUAAUACGCAUUUCCCAGAUACAAUAUUACCCAACUGCUUCUUGUAUGCUACAAGUGAGAUGCACUGCAGAGGGAUCAAAGACAAUGCCACAGCUGACACAGGGCCACUCAGGUCCAUGGUCAUUUUGACUUAUCAACUACUGUCAUUCACGUUGAACAGCAUUAUUUUGGACAGUUGUUUCACUUUGCCUAAUCUGUGGGUACAUAAUGUCAACCAGUCACUUUGAAGGCUCGAUAUUAUGUGUUACACUUGACUUUAUAACAGAAGAAAAUUUUGUUAGUUCUUCACAUUCCCAGUGGAAAAGACUUUCAGAUAAACCGAUAAUAUUGUCAUGGUGUAGCAUUUCAAACCCAGUGACAUCAGUAUCAUUUAGUUUAGUUGGCAAUCCCUUAGUAAACACUUGAUGUGAUACAAUCUGUACUGAAGUUUUGUUUUGUCAUCACAGAAUGUCACAGUUGUGUUAAAGUUUUGAGUAUUGUAAUACUUCCAAGUAAACUGACAAAAGCUUGAAGUAUUAUGAUUAAACAACAUUUGAGAUCCUACCUGUCUUGCAUUCUGUUUUCCAACUUAACAAAUUGCUUUUGCGGCAAAUGAACCAUUUUAUAAAAUGAAAUUUUAACCAAAUGGUGGGGCAUAGGAAGUUUUUUAUUUUUUAUUUAAUGAACAUUAUUUCAUAUCAGGGCUUCAUAACUUCUCAUCUUUCACUCAAUGUAAGAAGAAACAGGAUCAAAAAUUGAUAGUAUUGUUUUAUGCAGGCAACUGAAUGCACAUAAUCCAGAUCAAGAUUUGUCUUAAUCAGUCAUUACAUGCAUUUUUUCUGCACUUUAAGAGCUGUUUUUGUUUCUUAUUUAAGAAAGUUUUCCAUAUCCAAUCAUGAUUGUAAGUUAGUAUCAGCUUGACAGUGGUGUUGUACUACAGAGCCUGCAAAGUUUUUUCAACCCAAGAAAACUGUUCCACUGUUAGAGUCAAACAUAUUUUUCACUUUGGGCCUAAUCAGUUUACAUUGUUAUAAUAAAGAUAGCUCAGGUUACAUAUAUAAGCAGACAACGUGACAGUUUCUUUGAAUUUAACAAUCUAGCCCUUCAGACAAUUCACUAAUAAUAGUACCUACUUUUGUUGCCCAAGAUCUGACUAUCGAAGUAUACUUGACUGUGAGACCUGACUAUUGUUCUUUCCCCCCUUAUUCAUUCCUUUAAUCUUUUUCUAUGUCUUUUUUUAUACCUUUCUGCACUUCAUUUUAAUUCUGUUUGCCUGUUGCUCUAGUUACUUGUCUAUCUGCUUCAUUUUGUCGAAAUAAAUUUUGUCACUCCCUUUUCUUUCUUCUCUUAUUUUCUUGUUCAGCUUCAAACAUUACUUUUCAGUAACAAUUUUUCAUACAUGCCCAAUACUUUCCUGCUUCUGCUGUAGUUCAGUUCACAGCUAGUAAUUUUGUAUUUUCUUUUUGUCCCUGCAGCUGCUGAUUCUUAAAAUAAAGUUACGGGUUUCCCUUCUGCUGAUACUAUGACAGAAUUUUCCUACCAUAUUUCUGACUCAUAUUCAUGUUCGACUACUAGAUCUUGUAUGAAGCAAUGUUAAACUCUACGAGCUCAGUCUUACAUUGCUAUAAAUACUUUGCAAACUCCCUUUGUUUUAUGAAAAUUUCAGGAAUCUUUGCAUAUUUUAUGGCUUUCAGAUUUCAUACUGAUAUCACAACUGGCAAGAGCUGUUCAAAUCCUUUUUUGGUACAUUCAUUCAAGUUUUCCAUUGUUCCACUGAAUUGCUAUAGAUAGUUAUAAAUUUGUUUGCAUAUGGGUCUACUGCCUCACCAUAUUUUUCAAAAGAAAACAUUGUCUGUUAUGGGAUGCACAAUUUUCAGAUUAUUUGCCACUGGUCAGUUUUGACUUUGUCAUUACUAAGCAACAUUUAGAUAACCUCUGUGCAAUAUGUUACAGUGGAUGUAAUAUACUAAUAAACCCACCAGCCCACAUGUGGAACUACUAAUAAACAUUAAUAUGACAUGUACCAAACAGGAUGUUUGUGAUACAUGUGGGAGAACUAUGUAUAAUAUGACUUAAGAACAUAUUUAACAUAAAACCACUCGGAAUAGCAAUCAUUUUACACUUUAACAUCAGCUUAUUCUCUUGAAAUGCCCAAAUGCAGGGUUCAUAUACUGAUGGCAUGAUUCCUUUUAUGAGACCACAUCAGUCUCAACGUAAUUCAGUUCUGAAUCUGUCUUGCUCUUACACAUGAAAAAAUGCAGAGAAACAACUUUAUUUAGUUCUGAUAACUGACCUGCAAUUUCUAAUUUUUUAUAUGGGAUUAUUCAAGUUAGUGACUCUUUUUCAGUUAAUUAAAAAAAUAGUAACAGCAAAGUAGAAAAUUCCAUCCAUUUGCAGUAAAUUAUUCCUGUAAUUGUCAUGUGCUCAUAUAACUAAAGUGCAAAACUAGAUUUUUAAGAAAACUGGAUAGUACAGUCCAGUAGCUCACACAGUUCAGAACCUCACCUCUAUUAAUGGGCUCACUGUGUCCAAACAGAGAGCACACAUAACGUUUUAUUUCAAAAAAUUUGAAGCAACUGAAAUUAAGUCCCCCCCCCCCCCCCCCCCCCCCCAGAGUGUUUCCCUGUGUGUGUGUGUGUGUGUGUGUGUGUGUGUGUGUGUGUUUUUCCUUAGUAGAUGUUAUACCUCAUAUAUUCAUUCAUUGUGUCAUUUCUAGAUUUUUUCACAACAUAAUGAAGAGAUGUUGAUUACAAACAUUAUUUCCUCUACCCCGACCACUACCAAAAAAUACUACAAAAUUCCACAUUCCCUUGAACUUAAACUGGAAAAUAUUUUAGUGAAAAUGUUAUUAAGGUCUCUGCUAAACUGAAUUUUUUUUUCAUAUUUGGCAAAAUCAAUUUUAUACACACAAAUAAUUUUCUAAGGUACUAUGUUAAUUGUGUGUGACAAAUAAGUAUUUUAUGGUUACAUUCUAGUUGCUGGUGUAGUCUUGUUGGAACCAUUAACGGAUUGAAUGAAAAACAGUUACAACAUAUUUUAAAGAGAUCAGCCACAUAGAAGAGCAUUUAAACUUGUUAUAUUUUAGUGAUGGGUUCCACUUAAACAUGUGAAGAGUGGUGUUAUUGACAACCAUAAUCAUUCAACUAAAACAACCAUUAAUGAAACGUAAAUUUUAUAUACUCUACUGGAAAGUUUUGUAACACUGUGCAAUAAAAUUUCUCUGCAGAUUUAGUACAUAAUACAUCCAACAAGGUAUGGAAACUUAGUUUUUGACAAUGGUAUCAAAUACUGUAAAUAUUUUAGAUAGCAAUCCUGAUCUUGUUGUUUUUAUAGAAAACCCUUCAUAUUUUAUAACAAACCUUGAAGAUGUACAAAAGAAUUAUAAAAUAUACUGUGUGUUAUGCUGGUGUUUUUAUGACAUAAACAUUACAC